AUGACAGUGUAUUUUAUAUUUCAUGCGUUCAUUCCCUACGCUCCAGACGGUCUCGUUAACGUCGCACGAGCGGCACAGCACAACAUGACGAAGCUGCUUCUCUUGAGUAUUUUCGUUCUCAGUUUGUCUCUUAAGCAGAGCGCAUCUUCCAAUUGGUGGAGCCCCUACAAAUGGCGUCAUUACUGGGAAGAUUGGUGGGAAAAACUCGAAGAAGUCGGUCAAAGCGAAGGUAUUCCGCUUGGGCAGCAAAAACCAGAACGCGUUCCGAACGCUGACGGGUAGGUGAAAUGUUGCAGUUGACAGAAAAAAGUUGUUCGGAUAGACGAGAACAGCAUCAUAGAGUAUUAGUUUGUACUCUGAUGACGACUAACGUCAAUGGAAAUAUUAAGAAAUUCGUUCUUCAUCAGUUGAAGCGCUGAAUCAAAGGUCACCCUUUUCUUGCUGAGUAAUUUCCGUUGUCCAACCUUUUUAUGCAUCGUACAUAAUGGUUUAAAAAUCUUCAUGCUUUUUGCUCCCUCUCGUUGUCGUUCAGAGAAAAUGAGCAAGAGACGACUUUUAGUUUUAUCGCUGGAGCUAUGAAGAGUAAUGUAACAUCUUUUUUCGAUUUGACUUAGGGGAUCUUCGGAUGGUGAUUGAUAUUGUUAUGAUGAUGAUAUCCAAAAGAUUUGUGGAAUUCGGCAGCGAUAAAACCAUGACAAAUUUUUGCGUGGGCGCAAUGCGUUUUAUUGAAGGUCUUUUAAAUUUACCAUGCAAUAAUCAAAGAAAAUAAAAUCUAUAGAUAAACAUUAAUCGUGCAGCCUUUUAUAAAAUGGCCUUUCGUAUCAUACAUAGCAUAGCUGCAACUUCAAGAUUUGCGGAGCUUAUGAAAAUGUUAAUUGUUUUGUUUGUCAACACCGGAAGAGGUUCUCCUGAAACCAUAGGGUAUCUGUGUAAGUGUUCACCAACGCAUUUCGACAGAACGUCACGUUUUUCACUCUUGUCCUUUUUCAUCAUGAAACUCUUGACCCUUGGAUAUUCUUUAGGGUUCGCUCUGUAAAUCUACCAGUAGAUUUGAGCCAUGCUAUCUAGAACCAUCACGGUCUAAAUGAUGGCAGAUAUUUCCACUUCAGUUCGAUUCGGCUUGUGACAUUCGUCGUAGCUCUGCCCUUCCCCUCUUACCGUGUCUCCCACCUCAAGAUCUUUGUACAUAGUAUCGAUAUCUCUUGGCUUCUCGAGUAACUCUUUUCUCAGUGCACUGUUGCACAAGAACAGCUGUAAAAUGAAUAGAAUAAUCCUCGGAAGUACAGUCUUGAAACCCCCAGAGUGCUAAAAAGAGGAGGGGGAAGGAAAACGCCUUCGGUUUUCUCUGGGACGUUAUUCCUUUGAAUCCAGCGGAAGUGCUCCUCCUUAGGCGUAUGACAAGAACAGCUGUAAAAUGAAUAGAAUAAUCCUCGGAAGGGGACGUUAUUCCUUUGAAUCCAGCGGAAGUGCUCCUCCUUAGGCGUAUGACAAGCCCUUUUGCUCCUGUCCGCACUCGCUUGAUAAACGCCCAAUUAUAUUGAUAGUAACAAGAGAAAAUGAAAACCUCGGAAAUAACGUCUUCUCUGCAGGCCAGUUUUCUUAGUGUUGCAAAUAAUAUUUUUGAAAUGUUUUUUCGAUUGAUGUCUUUCUAUAAAAUCCAAAAGUUGAGGUAAAAAAAAUCUUAUUAGCUAUGCGUAUUUUUAAAAUUGUCCCGCGGCGGCACGUGUCAUAAAGUCACCCAGAAUGGUGAAACAAUUUUUCUUCUCUGAAGUGGACUUUCCGCCUCCUAAAGCUUAAUACCUGUUGAAUCCUUCACAUAAAAAGUAAUCCAUUGAGUUAAAAAUAUUUUACUUUUUGAAGUAUUUAACUUUCGAAAAAUUUCCAACGUGACAAUUACCUAAUAAAAUUACGAACUUUUCUAACGACUGAAAUUACUAUGUUGUACUUCUCUUUUCCAUUUUAGGCCAAAUGUAUGUACAAAUAAAAUUCCGGUAGGAAUAUUUCGAAAAUGCAGAAAAAUACCCGGAAAACGCAGAUUGCAGUGCAGGUAUUGUAACCUCGUCUAUUUUAUCUCUUAUUGUGUUGGAAGUGUUUAAAUUUUGCGUGCUACUAUAUUUUGAGUCAUUUUACACAUUUUGUGGCGAUGAUGCUUAAGAUUGAUAAGAUUGAUGCUUUUGGAAGCAACCUAAUCAUAUAUUAACCUGUUGAGCCUAUUUUUUUUUCCUUUCACCACACAGAACCGAGCAGCAUUUUUUGACAGAGUAUCGUUGUUGUCCCGGAUAUGCUAGAGUGAACAAAAGUCCCGGAUGUCCAAAAGGUAAGUACAAUCCAGAGGCAGAAUCCUGCAAAGUGAACUUCUCAAGAAGAACAUUAGGAAGUAAAAUACAGUAAAACCAUUAAGUAACCAGGACACAACUUGGUGCAGUUUUCCAUAUAAUUGAUCCAAAGGUUGGUGUGAAUUUCCUCGACCAAUCAAAAAGUGAAGUAAAGUAAAACCAUUGAGUCUCGCAAGUGACCUGAACACAACUGGCCUUAGAUUUCCGUUUGAUUGGUCCAAAGGAAGUGAAGCGAAAUGAAUAAAAUUAUUGAGUCACACAAAUGUGGGACACAUAUAUCUUCAGUUUUUCGUCUGAUUAGUCCGAAGGAUGUCGCAAGUUUUCUCGACCAAUCCAAAAGCGAAGUGGAGCAAAAGCAUUGAAAUCUUGCCUUACUUUUCGAUGCUGAGUUAAAAUUUGCUUUACCAUGUUAAUGCUCUGUAUUUUACAGAUUCUCAAUAGAUUCUCUUCACAGAUUCUUUUAUUUUCUUUCCAGAGCUUUACACGUCAGACAAGAACAUAGUUGAGGUAGCUGAAUCACUCAGUUUAAGUGAAUUUGCCAAUUUAAUGAAGAUAUCUGGUCUCGGGUCUGAGCUGCAGGGGUCUGGUGAACGGUAUACAGCUUUUGUUCCCUCCAACCAAGCAUUCUCUUCACUAAAGCCAGAAACUCUACAAGAGUUGAAAAGUAACAAAGAGAUACUUCGCGAAACGCUGCUGUUGCACAUAGCUUCUGGUAAGAUUGUUACUGAGGUAAUGAAAGACAACCAAGAGAUAACUGCACUCGACGGCUCACACUUGAGAAUCAAUGUGGCGGACGAAGGGCAGGUAAUCUAAACGUCGUCGAAUUUCGUUUCUCCUUUCCUUGAUUCGUCCGUCCCUUCCUAUUCUUCGUUCAUUUGCGUCAUUCCCUCCUUCGCUCCUUCGUUCCUUCGUUCCUUCGUUCCUUCGUUCCUUCGUUCCUUCGUUCCUUCGUUCCUUCGUUCCUUCGUUCCUUCGUUCCUUCGUUCCUUCGUUCCUUCGUUCCUUCGUUCCUUCGUUCCUUCGUUCCUUCGUUCCUUCGUUCCUUCGUUCCUUCGUUCCUUCGUUCCUUCGUUCCUUCGUUCCUUCGUUCCUUCGUUCCUUCGUUCCUUCGUUCCUUCGUUCCUUCGUUCCUUCGUUCCUUCGUUCCUUCGUUCCUUCGUUCCUUCGUUCCUUCGUUCCUUCGUUCCUUCGUUCCUUCGUUCCUUCGUUCCUUCGUUCCUUCGUGCCUUCGUGCCUUCGUGCCUUCGUGCCUUCGUGCCUUCGUGCCUUCGUUCCCACUUCCGACCUUUUUAUGUCCUUCCGUAAGCAAAUAAUGGAUGUAAAUUCAGCUACUCUAAGCAGUCCACACGUAUUCUACUCAAAAUCAGUAACGUUAAUCCAAUAAUUAACAUGCAGCAUAAUAUGAUUGAUAACCCAAGCGGAAGUAGACGAACAAAAAGGCCUAGGCCAUGGUGUGCGCUGGGUACCAGACCCGCUAUCUUGCAACGUGUGCUCCAAUAUCUUUUGCACCAGAGUUUUUAGAUCCUUCGCCCGAUAUUUCCUGCUUCUACCUCGCUACUUUGUUUUAUUUCCUUUCCCCUUUUAUAUUGCCCUUUGUAAUCUCUUCAUUACAUGCCUUUCUUUAAACCUUUUUUGAUAGACAAUUAUUGUUCAAGGAGGAGAAAUCGUUGUGGCAAACGAGGGAGCAAGCAAUGGUAUCAUACACAUUAUUGACCGAGUUCUGAGUCCAGCAUCUGAUGACAUUGGAGACAUUUUGAAAAGUAAUCCAAACUUCAGUAUAUUCUCACAGAUGAUCGAGAAUGCCGCGAUGAACUUCACCAACAUAACUUUGUUUGCACCGACUGAUAGAGCCUUUGAAGUGAUGGACCGCGAGAGACUGGAGACUCUUCUUUCCAAUGAAGAAUGUGUCGGGGUUCGUUGUCCUCUCUUGAAUUUUCUCCCCCCUGGAAGCGAUUAACAGUUACCUCAAUACUUUAUCCGGCAAAAUUGUUUGGAGAAAAAUACAGAUUUAUAAGAAAUUUGAAUUUAGUCACUCUCUGAAGUUCAAGUGUUAAAGAGGAAAGACUAAACCUACGUUGGUCAAGAAUGGAAAGAUUGAACACGGAUUACGAAGAAAGAUUUUCAAAAAGAAAAGCUUAAAUUUUCUAGAUGUAAACGAGGGUUUGCAUUAACUUCUCGUUAUUGGAACCGUCCAACAAAAAAAAAACAGACAACAUGUGGUGCUGAAACGGCACGAUGUGAUCAGUUUUAAUCUAAGAGCUUAGUGCUUCUUUUGCAGAAAUUCAUUAAGUACCACUUGCUACCUAAGCCAAUAUACUCAGCUGCACUGGACAACAAGCGAUACACCACUGCAGAAGGACACUUCUUAGACGUUAGAAUAAAGGGAGAGAAGGAGAUCCUGGUUAAUGACGCUUCUGUGACAGAUGUGGACAUUAGUGGCAAUAAUGGCGUCAUACAUGUCAUUGGCAAAGUUCUCAUGCCCGUUUCUGGUGCGAUUUUUUUCCUUCUUUAGUUUAGUAGUCGUCUUCAGCCCUCAAUCGAUAUGUGACGAACUUUUGAAUUUACAGUCCUAUUGCCUCACAACUUUGCGACCUACGAGGAUUUAACUAUCAGAGGUCCGUCUCUUUCUCAUCUAAUCAACUGUAGUUAGCGAGAGCGGGUUCCAUGAGAGCGAGUGUUUCGAUGGAAAAUUGGGAUUAUGGAAUAGUCAGGGAUUUCGAGCCUCCACUACUGAUUGAUCUAUCCCGCACCUCCACCCAUCCCUCAUCCUUCAUUUCCCCCCUUCCCCCGCUGGUCCCAGUUUCAAGCGUUGUUGAUUUACUCGAUUCAAUAAUUUUGGCAGAUCGAGAGGAUUUUCCCGAAAAUUGAUAUUAGGGUCAUGGAAUCCUUAUGGGUUAAUUUAUAACGGGCACAAUUCACAAACACAUCUUAAACGAUUCAGUCAAAGGUUGCCAAUUUCAGACAAAUUCUCUUAGCUGAUUUUCGUGUAUUUUUAUCAGUGACUUUGCUAAAUGGGAAACAUAUCUCUAACAUAUCUUUUCUUUCCUCUGGCAGCCAUGAACCUCUUGGAGGUAACUAAGGUGCUGAACCUUUCAACACUUGUGGAGUACCUCGAUUCCACCGGCUUCUCUGACACUCUGAGGGAAGACAAGGGACCGUUUACAUUAUUUGCUCCGACUAACAAAGCUUUCCAGGCCUUACCUGAAUCAACCAAGCAGGAAUUACGUGACGAUCCCGAGAAACUUAAACAGUUGCUUGCCUAUCACUUGGUUCCCGAGAGAAAGUGGACUUACGAAUUUGGUAAGGAUAACAUGGUGAAUACUCUCAGCGAGGGCAAGAAACUACGCCUGAAUUCAUUUAGAUAUGGAAAGGUAUGUUUCACUUGAAAGCUACGGAAAUUGUUUUACUUCGCAGUUUCUUUUGUUUUAAUUUCUUUCUUUUCUCUCCAUGAGCCAUACUGUUCAGAACAGGUUUUUUCGGAUGUUGUCUUCUAAAGUUUUCUGUCAGUCUUCUUACUUUCUUCUAACCGAGGCAAGAAAUUUCAUGCAAAGAUUAUCAGCUAUUGUCAGCUGACGACAGACUUAACUUAAUUGUGAAGGGUCGGGCUGUGCCCAACCCAGUGAACAUUCAUCCAAAAUUCGAGCAAAACCUUAAAGUUAGCUUGAAAGCAAGAGCCUGGAUGAUUGCCCAAGUUAAUCGUCCUUCGAACUCAUCAGCCCGAAUUUCUGAGAGGGAUUAAGGGGAGUUACCUUGCGAUGAACUAGCGUCCCAUCCAGGGGAGAGUGGUGAUACUCUUGGCUCCUGGUCGAUUCAUGCUGAGGAAUCUGGGAUAAGCUCCGGCUGGGAGACUUUCACGUUAUUGUUUACAGGAAUUCGUUGAUCAGCUCAAGGGUAGUUGCUCUCGUACCUUUUUCCCUUUGGUGUAAUUCUAGUGACCGUGAUUUUACAUGAAGGUCUGAGUACGGUAAGAAGUGUGUCUCUCGUGGUUUAGUGAGAUAGCUUUUCAGGAACAUAGCGUAGCGAUUUACAGAGCAAACAAUAAGCAAAGACAAAAGUAAAAUAUUAAAAAUAGCAAUAUAAUUUACUUAUUUUUUUAAAAUUGCCUCUGAUGUUUGUAGGUGCAUUCUGUAGAUGGCGCAUGUGUGACUAAAGCUAACAUCGAGGCUUGCAACGGCGUUAUCCAUGUUAUUAAUAAAGUCCUGUUGCCGCCAAGUAAAACAAUUUACGAGCUUAUCAACUCCGACUCUCGCUUCGUUACCCUAGCGGAAGCCAUAAACACAACCGCGCUCGCACCAGUCCUCCAGAAUCCCGCCGCUUCGUUGACUCUCUUUGCACCAACCGAUUGGGCUUUUGCUAAACUGGAGCUGAAAUCUCCUGGAUCAAUGGAGACCCUUCUCGCUUUCCCUGAAGAGCUGACAGAAGUUCUUAAACAUCACGUGGUGAAUGGAACACUGUACACUUGCGGUAUUCACUGCAAAUUCAGCUACUGGUCGUUCUUUAGCAACCAAUUCUCUGUGUUUUCCAUGGCUCGUGGGGUGCUCAGGAUCCGAUAUGCCUGGAACGGACGAGUUUACGUAAAUAGCAUGCGCAUCAUUGACCUGGAUCUACCCGCCACAAACGGCGUUGUUCACGUGAUCGAUGACGUAUUAGAGCUGUAUCCACAUGAAUUCCGCAAAUGGAAGCGUGGGGUUCACAGUCACCGAGCGAGUCGCGGUAAAAAACAUCGACACCACUGACAUCACUGAUGACUUCCAGGAAUUUCUUCAAUUUCACAUAUAAUUGGACACAUGAGAGCGUAGAAAUUCCGCCUUUGAAGUUUGCAGUUUUAAUGAAUUUAUCGAGUGUUGAGGUUUUUUUUUUUUAAUAAACUACAAAAUUUUGUAAUUUCGGAUUUCUCUACAUCAUUUGUUCUGUGGCUUAUACUAUAUUGUUCAGUUC